AUGUUCAUUUUGUGAGUUUUAAUCCUGAAUAAUUGAAUUGAAAGGACCCGAAACUUUCAGAUUAACAAAUCACCGUUACCGUCUGGAACCGGGCCGGGAAGUCGACCGAAUGGAGUCGAAUCUCAAGGACCACGUCGUCAAAACGCCACGUGGAUAUGUGUCAAUGGCGACGCUUAACGAGCAGGUUCGAAAAUCGAAAGGGGGCAAAAAUGAAAAGCGUUUGUUUGUGCAGGUCUAUCGAAAGUUUGGAUACGAGAUCGUAAAACCGACACUGCCGGUGCCAACCGUCCGAAUGAUUGAGGAGCCGACGUGUGAUACUGUGAGAUCUUAGGGGAAAAAGACGGAGAAUCAGAGAUUACCCUUCAGAUAUUCGCGGACUGGCUGAGAAUAUCUCAAGAACCGCAGCCGGAUGAGCCUCCCAAGGAGAUUCCCGACGAGCUGCUGGACCAGUUCCUCAUGUACAACUACAGUGCGGUCAAACCGGUAACCCUCUUUUCUUUUUCCCCACAAAAACAGAAACGGUUUAGUGGUAUUUCAACGAAAAGUUCACGGCAGUUCAAACACCGAGAAAAUGGAACAGGGUCGGCGAGAUGAUGAAGGAUCCGAAGAGCUUUCUCGGCUAUGGAAAGGAAGGAGGUGAGCCGAGAGGGACCGGGUGAAAUUGAACGGAAUGUGGAGCAUUUAGGAUCUGUGUACAAUGCGAUGCGGAAACACCGAUUGGAUGGAAAGCGCGGAGUGUUCAUCGGAAGUUUGACGCCGUGGGUUGAGGUGAUUGCCCUCUUCUUCGGUAAGUCAAUCUGUCCUCCACGUCUAAAUAGUUCCAGUUUGUUUUCAGGCGCCGCGGAGACGUUGACCGUGGAGUACAGUCCGAUAGAGAUCCAAAAAGAGUAUCAGAAUCGGAUGUCAGCCAUUCUUCCUGCUGAAUUUGUGGAAAACUGGAAAAAGUACGAAGGCACAUUCGAUUUCGCCGCUUCCUUCUCCUCGAUCGAACAUUCUGGGCUCGGCCGCUUCGGAGAUCCGAUCGAUCCAAUAGGAGAUUUGAGAGAAAUGCUCAAGAUUAAGUGUCUGCUGAAGCCGGGAGGCCUUCUGUUCCUCGGAUUCCCUCUGGGCACGGACAGUCUCCAGUUCAACGCUCACCGCAUUUACGGCUCUGUCCGUCUCGCCAUGAUCUUCUUCGGAUUCGAAUGGAUCGGCACGUUCUCAGGAGAUCAGUACCAGCCGAUUGACCUCAAUUCAACACUUCUCAACAGUCCGCAAGGCUUCGAUCACUUCCAGCACACUAUGGUCCUUCAGAAGCUUUAA